AUGGCUUACCCCACGGCAGUCCGUACACAUUUCACAGCCAUGAGCGCCUCGGCCUCCCCCCUGUGGCGCGUCCUCUCGACCGGUCGUCGCGUCCCGGCGGUACCGGCGCGCCAUGGCCCCCUCGUCGUGGCCCCGUUCGCCACCGCCGUCGAGUCCCCCACCGCACAGGAUGUCAAUCCCGCGCAGAUCCUGCGCAACGUCCGGCCCAAGCUGCUGAUCGACGGCGACUUUGUUGAUGCGGCCUCUGGCAAGACCUUCCCCGUGCUGGACCCCAGAACGGAGGACGUGAUCGCCCAGGUGGCCGAGGCCGACGCCGCCGACGUGGACAGGGCCGUGGGCGCCGCGCGGAGGGCCUUCGACAGCGGGCCCUGGAGGAAGAUGUCGGGCCGGCAGCGCGGGAGGGUGCUGUCGAGGCUGGCCGACCUGCUGGAGGAGCGCGCGGAGGAGUUCGCGAGGAUCGAGACGCUGGACAACGGCAAGCCGCUGGCGUUGUCGAGGGGUUUCGACAUUCCGUUCGUCGUGUCACAUUUCCGGUACUUCGCGGGAUGGGCAGACAAGAUAUCCGGGAAGACGCUGCAGACGAACAGCAACACUUUUGCGUACACGCUCCACGAGGCGGUCGGCGUGGCCGCCGCGAUCAUCCCCUGGAACUUGCCCUUGCUGAUGAUGGCUUUGAAAGCGGCGCCAGCGCUGGCGUGCGGCUGCACGGUGGUACUCAAGGUUGCCGAGCAGACGCCCAUGUCCGCCCUGCUCUUCGGCGAGCUGGCCCUUGAGGCCGGCGUGCCUCCCGGCGUCUUCAACAUCCUCCCUGGCUACGGACCCACUGCCGGAGCCGCCCUGGUCGCCCACCCCGGCGUGGACAAGGUGUCCUUCACAGGCAGCACCGAGGUGGGGCGCGAAAUAAUGCGCGGCGCGGCCGAUGGCGUCAAGCACGUGUCGCUGGAGCUGGGCGGCAAGUCUGCGGCCAUCGUCUGCCCGGGGGUCGACCUGGAAUCCGUCGUGGAGGAAGCCCAUGACGCGCUUUUUAUGAAUCAGGGCCAGGCCUGUGCCGCGGGCUCGCGCACCUUUGUGCACGAGAGCCUGUACGACGAGUUCGUGGAGAGGGCGGUGGAGCGGGCGCAGCGAGCGACGGUGGGGGAUCCCUUCGGGGACGUGCAGCUGGGGCCGCUGGUGGACUCGGCGCAGCUUGAGAAGGUGUUGGGGUAUAUGCGAGAGGGAGCGGCUCAGGCUGGCGCAGGCUAUCUCUGCCUUGUUGCGGAAUAUUCUUACUUGAUUUAUCGGCUAAACGGCAGCCUGAUUGGCGUGGCUACACAGGGCGCCGUUGUGAGAUGCGGCGGCUCGCGUAUUGGAUCCAAGGGCUACUACGUCGAGCCCACUGUGUUCUCGGAUGUGCGCGACGAGAUGAGCAUAGCGAAGGAAGAGAUAUUUGGCCCUGUUCAGUCCAUCAUGAAGUGGAGCAGCGUCGAAGAAGUUCUGGACCGCGCGAACGCGAGCCCCUACGGUCUGGGUGCUGGCGUGUGGACGAAGGACUUGGAUUUGGCAAACCGCAUCAGCCGGGGACUGAGGGUUGGCACGGUGUGGGUCAAUUGCUACAACCAAUUCGACGACGCCGCGCCAUUCGGUGGCUACAAGAUGAGCGGCUUCGGGCGAGAUAUGAGCGAAUACGCGCUGCAAAACUUCACGGAAGUGAAGGCGGUGGUGACACCUCUGCAGGACCCGGCGUGGAUCUGA